AUGGCGGAUGUUGCGAUUCUCCCUUACGACCAGUACACCGAUGCACCCGGCACGCUCUUUGUGAAGCGCGAAUGGGAGGAAGCCAAUGCAGCGCAUCCGGAGAAUUUCGACUUUGGUGAUGUGCCCAAGGGUUGGCCCAAGAAGCUGACCGGACCAUUGGUAUGGAAUGGAAAAGACCUACACGCUCAUCCUGAGAAGUACGUUCGACUUCUUAAGGACGACGAGAUUGCCGAGAUCGAUGCUGGGUUGAAGGCCUUCCAAAAACUUUCCCUGCCUGCAUCCGCCGUAGCACAGUCGACCUUCCCUCUCCCCAAGCUAGGCGCGUCUCUGCGGGCGAUCGGGAAAAACCUGUACCAGGGCACCGGGAUCACCCUGCUCAGAGGAUUCCCCAUCCAGAAGUACAACCGAGAAGAGCAGGUCUUGAUUUUCCUCGGCCUCAACUCAUGGGUCGCCGACACCCGUCUGGAUCAAGGCAUUGGGCGUGGGAUUUGUCACAUUAAGAGCAUCAAGCACCUCGACCCUGCUCAACGAGGCAAGAUCUUCGUGUCGGCCCAGAACAAUGACGCGCAAAUGUACCACAGCGAUGCGGGAUCCGAGAUUGUCGGUCUCAUGGCGCUCUCCCUGCCCAGCUCGGGCGGACAGUCGACCGUGGCCAGUGGCUGGCAGGUGUACAACCACCUCGCCGAACACCGACCUGACAUUCUCCGAAUCCUGGCGGAGCGAAAAUUCCGAUGGACAGCGAACGGAAUCCCCGAAGACGGUGUCAGACUCAUCCACUGGCUGAACGAGAAGUUGUACAUCAACUUCGCCACCAGGACAUUCAUCGGCUACGCAGAGGCACCUGAGCGAGACCACAAAUUCCCGCCCCUGACAUUCGAGGAGCGAGAAGCCUUCGGAGGAUGGCAAUGGAUAUCGGAGCAGUUUUCGCUAGAGUCAUCCCUCCAAGUCGGCGACAUUGAAUGGGUCAACAAUCUACACCAUCAACAUGCUCGCCGAGGCUACAUUGACGACGAGAAUGAGCCUCGCCAUCUCCUGAGAAUCUGGUCUCGGGAUAGCGAGUUUUCGCCCGAACUACCGCUGGAUAUCAAGAACAAGUUUGAUGCCAUGUUCAAAGAGGCGCCGACCUUCUAUCCCUUGGAUGAAAUAGAGGAGGACAUCAGGAGGAAGGAAACAGGCGUCUUCACCGCUUCUUGCAAGGAGGAGACGGCGGCAGAACGAGUUCGGACCGGCUUCACCAAGCUAGUGUUGGGCUGA